AGUAGCCUAGUACUCGAUCGACCUGGCCUCCAAUCACAGCAGGAGUAGCUAACGAGCUAAGCCUCCAUUAACUAACCGAGAAUGGUGGAGAAGCGAGCGGCGAGGAAUGGCGACGCUAGCAGCGGGGAGGCGAAUAAGGAGAGGAAGGGAUUGUGGUCGCCGGAGGAGGACGAGCGGCUCUACACCCGGAUCACGCGGCACGGCGUGUCAACCUGGAGCUCCGUGGCCCAGCUCGCCGGGCUGCGGCGGAGCGGCAAGAGCUGCCGGCUGCGGUGGAUGAACUACCUCCGGCCGGACCUGAAGAAGGAGCCCAUCUCCAAGCGCGAGGAGGAGACCAUCAUCUCCCUCCAGAAAUCCCUUGGCAACAGGUGGUCAGUGAUCGCCGCGAGGAUGCCUGGGAGGACGGACAACGAGAUCAAGAACUACUGGAACUCCCGCAUUAGGAAGCGCCAGCAAAAGACCAGCGCCGGCGGCGACGACGGCGGCAGCUGCGUGAAGCGGGGUGACCUCCCGGCUGCCGAUGCCAAGUCAUUCGAGCUAGCACCGGCGGAAGAGAAAAAACCGUUUAUCAGCGGGGGCACCACGGCGGUGGCGCCUCCUGUCCCUGCACGGUUCCCGUUAUUCGCGUGCCAGCUACUCGGCGGCGGAGGGGGCGACGCCAUUGCUGCCGCAGGCACCAACCAGUCGACAACGACCCACGAGAACGGCGCCAGCUCAGAGAGCGAGGUGAGCGUUGGCGGCAAAGAUGCAGCAGAGGACCAAUAUUACUACAGCGCCGGCGACGGCGCCGACAUGGACAUGGUCCAUCUCCUGGCGUUCGAUGAUCUUCUCGAGUACCAGGCCGGCGACCUGCUCAUGGAUACGUGGGACCAGAGCGAGUUCUACUGCACGAAUUCCGGGAGCUCCGCCGAUUGACUUGCUUGUUGAUUAGCCCAGCUUGCAAGAGGAGUAGUUCUGGGUAAAUUUGUUCAAUUACAUUGUGUAUGUUCAUGCAUCCUAGGCAGCUCCCUCUUGUGCACAACCAAAUCGUUGUCGAGUUAAUUGAUUGAGUGAUAAAUCCGUGUUUAUUUUUAUCUCACGAGGAGGACUUCGUUUCUCUUUUAAAUCUCGUGGAAUUGUAAUUAUUAUAUAUGUCAGAUUAUUUUGCCAUAGUUUCUGAUUAAUU